AUCUUGCUGAAGACUUUCAAGGGCAAAUACAGGGUGUUUAAAGAUGGUGUAGGAAGAGUACAGUGAAAAGAGAUUCAAACAAACAUUUAGAAUAAACAUUUUGAAUAGAUCUCACGCAGUAAACGGGCCUAGCUCUGGCGUAAACAACUCAUCUUCAAUUCAGUCACUCGAACUUAAUACAAAUUUGAUUCCCUAAGGACUUUUAAAACUUGACUAAAACAAUACAUGACAACAUCUCCCCCUUUUAAAUGUUCCACACAAUGUUCGUCUUUCUUUUUAUUCAAAAUGAAAAAAACAAUAACACAAUUUAAAUCAGUAAAGUUAUCACAACAAAUAUUAUUAAUUCAAUGUCCAAUCACCAAUCUGUCUGGUUUUCUUCUUUCUCUGCGAUGGUAUCUUGGUUCGGGUGCAAUUUCUUUCAUGUUAGUUGUUGUUUCAUUUUUCGAUUCCGUCAAUUAUUCAGUUGUCAUUUCCUUACCCUUCCUUUCUUUCAAUGUAGGUGUUGUAGGUGUUGACAUGAUAGGUUUGGUACUCGGUCUGUGCUGGUGCAGGUGCUGGAAUUUUUUCUUCUGUUGUAGAUGGAAUCUCUGUUGGUAGAACUUCCUCUUUUCUCCUGUCUAUUAAAGUGGACCUGCACUUUGCACAGUUUUAUAUUAAUGGUUAGAUAUACGUAUGUUGAGGAUAUUGAAUUAGCUUUUUUGCAUUUUCUGAUUCUGGUUGGCCUGUAUGGAAUCUUUAAUGUUUCGAAUAUUCGCGCUUUUUUGAGAAACUUUUCGUUCACGGCCGCGCAAGGAGGUUGACCAGUAGGGGGCUGGUACAAACAAUUGUAAUGACGUUCGCACAGAAAAGGGAAACCAUAGGUUGAAGCUGUUGGUAUUCGAGUGUUGCAGGAGGAGAUUAAAGAUUUUGCUUGUCUUUAAUGAAGAAAAUUCCAAACAGAUGUGUCGUGGGACGAUGCGAUAGCUUCCCUGAUAAGCAAAAGGGCAUAUUGCUGCACAAGAUCCCUUAAUAUGGAGAUCCACGUCCAGAGGCCAUAAAGAGGAGGAAGCGAUGGAUCGAAUUCUUCAAGUUGUCCAGGGCAAAAUGGACAGACACCGCGGGAUCCGUGAUUUGUUCGAAACAUUUUACUCCGAAACAUUUCUGUGUAGCUUGACAAUUCUAUCUAUUUGAAAUAACUCAUAUCAUAUCUUCACUUUCAGUUAUACGCGAACUCCUCAAUGCAAAGGGCGACGAACCUGCUGGGCCUAUCGUGUCUCACGUAAUAUCUUUUAGCACAAAGACUAGGAAGCCAAGAGAACUGCAGAUAGAGGUGCAAAGAGAAACUGCUGCUGGUCCAAGUUGGAGGGAAGAUGGUGAAAAUAUUUUCAAUGAGGAGUAUUUGCCGAUUGAGUCAUUGGUACAAGAAAAAGAAACACGCUGCUCAAAUAAUAAAUGUGAAAACUGUGAAAAGAAAUCUGAAGAAAUCAGAGAACUAACCAACAAAAUUAUUGAUUGGAGACUUCGGUUUAAAAAAGCACAGAAAGAGAAUAGACGUCUUAAAUACAAACUAGCCAAUAACCAAAUUCAAGAGAAAAGGGUCACCUAAGAAAAAGCCAUUGCUAGAUGUGACAUCUUCUCAUACAACUCCCGAUGAGUUUUCAGAUGAAGAUGAUUUUGAUUCACUGUCUUCAGAGAUGGAAGAUAUUCAAUCUGAUGAUGAAUUUAUCCCAACCAUAACUAGCAGUGAGGAUGAUGACAUUGAACUUCAACAAGGCAACAAAAGGUUUGAUAUCAAAUAUAAUAUUGUUUGUACAAGAAAUUAUAAAGAUAUGAUUAUUCUUGUACCAAUCUCUAAAAAUUUCAUCACAUUGUUGAAAUUUUAGAGCAUAAAUUCUAUUUAUGCUUUUUUAAAUGAUGUGUCAUAAACAGGACAAGAUACAUUGCAUUUCCAUUAUUUCAACUUAUUUUACAACAUUUUUAGAAACAGAAUGUAUAUACAAGUGUUUGUAUAGCAACCAUUUCAUUUAGCCAUACAAGUUCAUCCAGCCUGCAUUACCAUUUAUUUUCACAGACAAGUUAUGCAGAAGGAAACCUUAGACAGCAACCAAAGUUCAUAACAUUUUUGUCAAAACUGAUGUUGCUGUUUAACAUUUAUCAUCUGUGCAAGGCAGACAAACCGUUAGUGGAGGCCACAUGUUCAGGAACAAUUGUGAUACUGACAUCGCUUUGUGGUGUGUGUGGCAGAGAAUAUCGCUGGCAUAGCCAACCUAUGAUGCCUGGAAUGAGAUCAGCUGCUGGAAAUUUCCUUCUCUGUUUUGGCACAUUGAUUUCUGGAGGGUCAAUAAGCAGAUUUUCAGUUCAAUUGGCAUUGGUUGCAUUUCAUUUGCUAGCUACUUCAAGCAUCAAAGGACAAAACUCUUUCCUGGUAUCUUCAAAUACUGGAAGCAGUAUCAAGAAAAGCUUAUUGAAAAGGUCAAACAAAACCAGAAAGUUGUGCUUGCGGGUGAUUCUAGGCAUGAUAGCAUGGGCCAUAGUGUCAAAUAUGGGAUUUAUUCACUAUACUCAUGUUCAGAGAAUGCAAUUGUUCACUCUGAAGUAGUACAGAAAUUCCAAAAGUUUUGUCAAAAGGCUGCAAAAGAGAAAGAUAUGGAAAUCAUUGGUGAAUGGAUCAGGCCCAUUGAGAAUCAUUUGUUUCGGUCAGCACUGACAACCAGCUAUGGUGAUGGUCGUCUAAUAUGGGCAAAAUUCAAAUCUAUUUUGUGCCACAUUACAAAUAAACACACAGGGUUUAAUGACCCAAUAUUCAACAAGUGUGCUCAUGAUGGUAACAUAUCUGAGAGAAAAUGGCUAAAACCUGCUUAUGAGCGUAUUGAGAAAGAGUUACUGAAUCAAAGUUUGAUGAAUGGUAUUAAGCAAGUUUCACCACUUGCUCAGACUAGCUGCCUAGAGGGAUAUCAUUCUGAAGAUAACCACUUUGCCCCCAAGAUGUUUGCAUACACAUAUCCAGGAAUAUAUUGCAGAACACUACUAGCAUCCAUUCAUUUUAACAACAAUGUUCAUUGCGAGGUAAAGAAAAAACAAGAUGGGUCAGCGCUCAUUAAAGUGUCCUACCCAAAGUUCAAGAAUGGUGAAGCUAUCAUAAAAGAAGUUCGUGUGACACAAAAUUUUGGCUAUGUCGAGGAUAUUUUUCAAAUUAUAAUAAGUGGGAAUGGAGAACAGCUAAAAUGGGCUGAAAAUAUAUUGAAAGAAAUGAACUUAAUGCUCACAAAACAGCCUGUCAUUGAAGCAGUUGAAAAAAGAAAGCAAAGAGCAGAAAUGACAAUUGUAGACGUCCCACCUACAGCUGAUCCGGAUCUGAUAGACCAUCAGAAUUCAAAAAAGCAAAGAGCGCCACCCCAUUGUUUGACCUGCAAGCACCGAAUGCGUGGCCGCAAAGAUGUUGACUGCCCAAUGAAAAAAAGUAGCAAUGGACCCUUUUUGUGGAGAAGUAAAACACAAGGUGGAAAACCAAAAGAUGAAAAAUUGAUGAUGAUGAUGAUGAUGAUGAUGAUGAUGAUGAUGAUGAUGAUGAUGAUGAUGAUGAUGAUGAUGAUGAAAAGGCAAUAAAAAUACUAAUGUUUUAGACAGAAAUAUCUUUUUUAGUUUUAAUUUAUAAUUUUGAAUGAUAUAAACACAUAACUUGUAAAAAGUUAUCAAGUACAAUUACAAAUAAAAUGGUCUUGUAUGACCACUUAUAGAUGAUUUAUAAAAGCCCAAUAAAGGGUGCCUAGAUCAAUAAGCCCCCCUAGAGGGGGCCAGAUGGCUGAUUUGAGAGGUGCAAGUACUUUCUGGGUAAUUUGAUAGCGGAAACAAGCGAAAAGACAAAACAUGGAUUUAAGAGUUUCUUAAUUUUUGGCAAUCUUGAGUUGAGCUUCUCAUAAGUGGUUUUUUAUAAAUAAGAUAUUUGUGUAUGUUUUAGCAGAUUCCAAGUGUUUUAGCAAUAUGUAUCACAUCCUUCUCUAUUUUGUUCCUACCAAUACCAAUUCAAAGUAUUUCUUUA